UCAGUAGGAGCGCGCCGGCCGACGCAUGAAGACGGACAAGAAGUUCCUCGAGGCCCUGGUGGGUUCGCCGUUCGGCGGUGGCGGUGGGGACUACGAGGUGGCCCCGACGACCGACAAGGAGGCGUUGGGGCCCCGCGCCGGCGCUGUCGUGGUUGUGGACGACGAGGUGUUGCUCGAUGUGGACUCGCUGCCCGCCAAGCCCGAGUCCAGCAAUGCCGACGACCUGGGCUCGAGCGAAGAAGACCUGCCCCUGCGCGGCAACUGGGGCGGCAAGCUGGACUUCAUCUUCGGCUGCGUCAGCUACGCCGUCGGACUGGGCAACGUCUGGCGGUUUCCUUACCUGGCCUACGAGAACGGAGGAGGUGCUUUCCUGGUGCCAUUUUUCAUUAGCAUCGUCCUCUGCGGUGUUCCCUUGUUUGUUAUGGAAGUGUCGAUCGGACAGUAUUUGAACACGGGAGGCGUAGGCAUCUGGAACCUGGUGCCCAUGUUCAAAGGUGUGGGGUUCGCGUCGAUGACCAUGAUUGGCCUGAGCAACAUCUACUACAUCGUACUGAUCGCCUACACCCUGUACUACCUGGUUGCCUCGUUCCACAGCCCGCUGCCUUGGGAGCAGUGCGGCAAUGAUUGGAAUACCGAGCGCUGCCUCGGCAUCCGCGAAAACAUCUCUAGCCUCGCCCCGCGGAACCUCACCGCCGCCCAGGCUGUCUCGUCCGUCAAGGAGUACUGGGAGAACAAUGUGCUGGGCAUCACCAAUGGCUUGGAGGAAGUUGGUUCUCUACGACCUGAACUUGCCCUCUACCUCCUCUUGGCAUGGUUCCUAGUGUACAUAGUUAUCUGGAGGGGACUCCACCAGAGUGGCAAGAUUAUUUGGUGCACAGCGCUCUUCCCGUAUCUCAUCCUCUUCAUCCUGUUCAUCCGUGGAGUCACAUUGGAGGGCGCCUCUGAAGGGCUACUAUACUACCUGCGUCCCGACUGGAGCAAGCUCAGAGAUCCGAGGGUGUGGAUCGCAGCUGGGACGCAAGUGUUGUUCUCAUACGGCAUCGGCAUUGGUGCCAAUGUUGCACUUGGUAGUUACAACAAGUACAACCACAACUUUUACAGGGAUUCCAUGAUCGUGUGCACCAUCUGCAGUGGAACAAGUCUUUUUGCUGGUCUGGUCAUAUUCUCAGUUCUAGGUCACAUGGCCCACAUACAAGACAAGGAUGUCUCAGAAGUGGCACGAUCAGGACCUGGCCUAGCGUUCCUGGCCUACCCCGAGAUGGUGGUGCAGUUACCCUUUGCGCCAGUCUGGGCAGUACUCUUCUUCCUCAUGCUCAUCGUUCUGGGCAUUGACAGCCAGUUCUGCACCGUUGAGGCACUCGUCACAGGGCUGGUGGAUGAGUUUGCCUCUACGCUGAGACCAUACCGCCGCCUGUUCACGCUGAGCGUCGUCGUCGUCCAAUUCCUCCUGGGGCUACCCCUGGUUACUCAGGGAGGCAUGUACAUCUUCCAGCUGAUGGACUUCUUCUCGGCUAGCGGUGUCUCACUGCUGACUGUCGUCCUCUUCGAGAUUAUCGGCUUUGCCUGGAUAUAUGGUGCAAAGAGGAUCUACGCCAACAUCAAGGACAUGAUAGGCUUCACACCAAACAAGUACUUCUUCUUCUGUUGGCUUUUUGCUGCUCCCUGUGUGAUUGUGGGAAUGCUGGUGUUUUACAUAGCUGUGCCUGAGCCAGUGACAUACUCAGAUCACUACGUCUACCCCUGGUGGGGUGAGAUGAUUGGCUGGGGCAUGGCUCUUGCUUCCAUCAUCUGGAUUCCUACCUAUGCUAUUUACUACCUCUGGAACAGCUCAGGAACCCUCCUAGAGCGCAUAAAGAGAGGCGUGACCCCUCAAGUCGUGCCACGCAAGGUGCAGGAGGGCAGCCCCACCUCCGACGAAAGCCUGGCCUUAGAGCCGCCCGCCAACAUAGUGCGAGUGCUGCUCCAAGAAAAGUCCUGAUCACUCUCACCGCAAUCACCACCACUCGGUCUGAACUUCAGUUGACUUGUUUUGCGGCAACCCGGCGUGCAGAACGCGGGGUCGAAUGCCGGUUUGGCGAAACUUGACGGCGCUCGUUUCUCUGCCUGUUGGUUCGGCGAGAACACGCCGUCUCUCUCCCUCUCUCCACGUUAUCCUCUUUCACUAUCUUAAUUUAUCCUGUCUCAGCUUCGCCAAACACGUGCAAGGGAUACAAAAUGCCGGUUCGCGGCCUGUGUCUGUCCUUUCAGGGAAGCGGCACAUGCAUGCUUCCAGUAAGGGCCGCUCCUGCCAGGGACGCAGCGAAAGACGUUUACAUCACUCGCUGCUGUAGACAAUGUCGGCUGACUGUCAUUGACAGUUGUAGGAUAUAACCUGUCUUGUGGUUAGUGUGUAGGUGUAGGACACUUGUCAUUUCUGUCACAGUUAGCGUUGAGUGACAGAAGGCAGUGGAAAGAGUUCGGUUGGUUAGGAUCAAAAGAAAUUGGCAACCGUCCGUGGCAGUAACAGCCACAAGUUGUUUCCUUGUAUGAAUAUUUAGGGCAAGGACACAUGAAAAAUGGUGCGAAAUUAUCAUCACAGCAAAGGUGAUAGCAGUUUGUGAACAUGCAUCAUUAAAGUUAAACAUUAAGGUGCCCUUGCCCUUUCCCAGUUUCGUUGUGUGCCAUGACUUUAAAAUGAUGUUCGUCUUCCAAUUAAAUGAGCAUAAGAGAGAAAAAUUCCUGACAUCAUUGAAUCAGCUAGCUAGGGCAUGGCAUGAAUUCGUUCACGUCCAGUUUAACAAAAUCUAAACAAAUAUCCUCCUGCCCAGUCAUUAUGCGUUUGCAGUUCUUAUGGGGCUGUGGAUACCGAUAGUGGAUAAGAAAACUACCACAAUCUAGUUUUCAUCAUAACAGUUGUGGAUUGCUCUGGACUUCCAGUUGUGAAUGUGAUAAUCGAGCAUUGACGAGGAGAUCAUGUUGGUUAGACAGCACGUUAUAUGUGCUUGCAACUGAUACGGCAAGGUGUGGCAGUUGUUGCAGUGUAUGUGAUGCUUGGCAUUAUUCAGGCAUGAAACACUGAUAAAGGAGCCCAGAAGAUGGUAUCAUCAGUUGAAGCAUUUACUUCAGUUUUCUUGGAAAGGUGGUUGAAGAAGAGGGUUGCAUUCCACUCGUAGGCAAAGUAUGACCUAGUAUCUGGGGCAUUGUUUUAGUUGGAUAAUUUUUAAUGUGCCAUUUGGUAUUUUUCUUCUCCCUUCUGUAAAAAUGAAACACAUUUUCACAAUUUCCCCGAGGUUCAAGGAAGUGUUCCGAUCCUCAAACAUUUAUUUUCUGUACCAUUUUUUUGUUGUCAUAAUGCAGGACAUCAGAACUUUGUCCAAACACCCUGAGCUGCUGACUUUAUCUGGCAUUCCUUAAAUUAAUUUGCACAGCUGCCCAGUAUAGAUGUCAAUGAGGACAUGUUAAGUGAUACCUUUUUUGGUUCGUCCCUGAAAAAGCAGUGGCAAUAAAGAAAAAAAAAAGAAAGGCUAGAAUUUAUGCAUUAUUACACUUGUAGAUGAUGCACACUGCUGCUGACUUACUCAUAAACUUUCUGUCGGCAACUAAAUUGUCCUGCAUUGUUUCAAGACCAUGCAUAAUGAAACCAACAGUGCAUCACUUCACCAGCAUUGCUCAAACUGUGUUAAGCAUAACCUAUGUGAUAAACUUGGAUAUCCUGUCAGACUCGUGUUCAGUGGUGAAAUGUACACCUGUACGCUCUGUUACUGGUGUCCUGCGGAGAGUGUGUAUAUAGGGUGUAAAUAACACGGCACUAUACACGCAGUGCCAAAACUGUUCCACCUGUUUGUGAAACGAGCACCUUUAAAUGCAUGAAUAUGUGAAGACAGCAUGGUGCAUAUUUGUUUGUGCUGAAUAUAGUACACAUUCUGUUAAUGAGAGACGAAAACAUGCUUUACACUUCGUAUUUGUUUCCUCCUAUAGUCAUAGGUGCAUACAUGUCGGCAAAAUAAUGCAGUACGACUAGCACAAGUAUAUGUACGUGAUGCAACAGAUUCAUUGCAAGUCUGCGUGGUGCAAUUCAACGAAUUGAUUCACUGUCGAGGAUGUCCUGACCCAAUGAAAUUCGACUUCCAUGCUAUGUGCGCUUGUGGUGCGUUCACAUAAUCUUACAGCUAAAUAAUGUAAGGAGCACACAUAUGUCAGCAGCAAAAUAGUCUGCAAAGACAGAAAGCACCAAUAUACCUAUAGCCAAGGUACGCAAACGAGGCUGUACUGCUUUCAUCGGAAGAGUGCUGAGUCUUCCUGACUAUGGUAAUUUAGUGCAGUGGUAGACAGGUACAAACAAAAAACAGGCAAGGACGAGCGUUUGCUUGUGUCUGUCUGUCACGUUGCACUCAGCUACUGUAGUCAGAAUGCAAGGCCAACUAGCCAAAUAGUCGGUCCUUCUAGAGUGCUCAGGCGACCCUCACUCCCCAAGUGUUGCUUAAUUUGGAAUGUUCAACCACAUAACUUGAUUUGAUCUGAUUUUUAAAGAAGCCAUGGCUCCCACUGGUCUCUGCUUAUGCAAUGUUCCAAGACAAAACAUGCUUGGAGAUUGGUCCAUUAUGAAUAGAGGUGCUUCAAAAGCAGAAUUCCAUGGGCAAUAAAUUUUAUAGCACUUGUGAACAGAUCGAGCCAUUCUCUCAGAUUUUGCUCUGUCCUCAGUUUUUUGCCUGCUCAUCGGAGGGUGACAAUAGUGAGCUGAUACAAUAACAAACACAGGUCAGGUUAAUGUACUGAUUCCAUUCCAUUUCCAGUUUCCCUUUUUGUGCUUUUUCUGUGGUCCGAGUAUUGCGCAGUGACUAUGUUAUUACCAGGAUCAGCCUGUGUGACGGUAGACUGUAAGAAAGGAAUGGAAUAGAGUAAAAGGAAUCAUUACAUUAUAUACUGGCCACGGCUGACAGUGCAAAUUAUCUUCGUACUUCUCUCGUCAGUUUCAGAACUUCUGUGAAUGAGAGGUUUGUUCUAAGUUUACAAACCAGUGUGAUUGAUUUUAGUUUCGGGCUUUUUUAUGCAUGUGCAUUUAACCCUGCACUGCCAAAUUAAUGAAUCGGAACAUGUCUGUGAAUAUGCUACAUUCAGCAAGUUGGCUCUACAUAUUGUACAUCUGCUGUUAUUGGAUUUGUACAUGUGCUGAUGUUGAAAGCUCUUGAAACUUCCAUCUUAAUUUUAUUUUCUCAACAGUAAUCACUGCAUUUUAUGCUUUUUUUUUUUCGCUUUUGUAAAUCUUUUGUCACAGAGCAAGACGCCAAGUGAGUUUCAAAGAAUUCCUGUGUGUUGAAAUCACUUUCAUGAAGCAUUUAUAGCAAACGAAAGUGCUUUACAUGGUGAUGCACAAACGUGUUAGCUGCACAUGUAUUGUGUGUUCUCAUUAAAUUAUAAAUUUUUUCGCAAUGUUUGUAUACAUGGGAGGAUAUUACUUGCCUUCAGUGAAUUUUCUAAUAAGAUCUGUAUUUUUACAUGACUUGGAAAUCUGGCUUUGGUGUUUUGUACUUGACAAUAGCA